AAAGUGUAUAAUCAUCUCUGUGAGUUGAGUUUAUGUAGAAAUCCUGUUAGAAACAUGAACUCUACACACUUCAUUAGAGAGAUGACAUUAAUACACCAGCAGGGUUGAUGGUCACGUGGACGGAAGUGUCUUAUACGCACCGUUGCACAGACUGUACCCUUAGGACCCUUAGGUAACCGCCGUGCUCGCCUGAUUCAAAUUCGGGCCGAUGCAUACCCUCGUGACGUUUACAAAUAAGGGUCAUCUAAUAUAAUAUUUAAACAAUACCAGAUGCUAAUACGUUUGCAUUGCACUUGGAUGAGAAUUUGAGGAAUUAAAUCAGAGAUUUUUCUAAAUAUUAGAACGUUAAUGUGUUUCCAAUUUUAAGGAUAAGAUCUUUUGAAAACGUCGUUCUUCUUAGAGCUCUGUAAUUGUUUACGAAUAUUUGUACGGACGUUUUUCUUAAACAUUGUUAUUAUUAUACAUAGUAUUUUAUUCGGUUUGACAGUUGCGCCAACUGAAACAGAAGUGACCGGAUAUCCGGGGAUACACAUUUUAUUAGUUGAUCGUGACAGUUGAUAUCGUGACGUCACUUGUUGCCGACGGUGAAGCUGAACAUGGCGUCCGUGAGGAUGCUCGCUGACCGCUCCGCUGACCGCUCCGCUGUGAUGCUUGUGGCUGUCCUGCUCGGUGUUUUCACGACUGGAAAAUGCUCAGAACAAGUUCCUCUGCUGAUGUGGACCAGUAAUGGAUUUUUAUUGCCACCCCAGAGCGACCUGGCUGCAGGUCACACCGUAACUGGACGCGAGCUCCAGUCCUACCUGAACACAGCGUUCAGAUCUGCACCUCACAACGUCCUGCUGUUCUUUCAGGACAAGUUGAGUGUUGAUGACUUCACCAAGUAUGCUGGUGUGUUCGGGAGCAAACAGGGCAGUGCCUUUCCUCAUCUGGAGACGUCUCUGCAGUCCUCCUCGUCUCUGCUCCUUCCAUCAGUGUUGUCUGGGGCCAGUGCAUCUCUCCCCACGCUGCUGCAGGACGAGCUGAACACGGCGCCACUCUACAUGGACCCGGACACGCUGGCUCAGCUGCGACUCAAUGCCUCUGUUCCGGCUCUGCUCAUCUUCAGCCUUCCCUACAGCUCCUCUGGGGCUGAUAUGAUGUCUGUUAAAGAGGUACUCAGUGGUAAUGAUGAAGUGAUUGGUCAGGUGCUGAGAAUUAUGGGUAGUCAGUCUGUCCCUUACACAGCCAUCUACACCGCUCUUCAUCCCUCACGGGUGUUGGAGGAGGUGUUUCCGGAGGUGCGUUCUGUUGGAGCACGCUCUCUGCUGCAGUCCAGACGUGAGGGUUCUCCUGCCCCCUACGCCCCUGUGGAGUUUAAGGAGCGUGGUUCUACCUGCAUCCUGCUGUGGGCCAAGAACCUGACCGUGAGUGAAUAUCGCUCGGGAAAGUGGGAGAGACACAACCUCAACCCUAAAACCUUUGGAGAGGGGGUUUCUCCUAAACUGGAGGGAUCCUCCUGUAAUGCCACACACUCCAGGCUGGUCCUCAGUUACGAAAAUGUCUUAAGCUACCGCUCUUUUAAACUCAUCUUUGUAAUGGUUCAGAGGCACUAUAAGGUUUCAGCACGCCGCUGGUUCACCAUGGAUCGAGUUCAGCUAGAGUACGACGGGAAAACUGCUUUGUUUAACGCCAGCCGCGGUAUCUACGCUCCGGCCGAGUACUCGUACCGCUGCCACUCUGUCACCAGCUUUCGCUACCCUCAGCUUACACCUCAUUCAGCCAAGGACAAUGCCAACGAUUGGAGGAUCGCCUUCGACGACUUUCAGAUCCAGGGCUUUAACGUGACCGGGAAGGAGUUCUCUUACGCCAGCGACUGCGCCGGGUUCUUCACCCCCGGGAUCUGGAUGGGGCUGGUGACCUCAGCUCUCAUGGUUCUGCUCCUGACCUACGGCCUGCACAUGAUCAUGCAGCUGCACACCAUGGACCGCUUCGACGACCCCAAAGGCCACGCCAUCUCCGUCCCACAGACUGAGUAACAAGCCCCGCCCCUCUCCAUCUCCCAGACCAAGUGAAAAGCCCUGCCCCUCUCCUUACCCAGACAAAUUGACAAGCCCCACCCCUCACCAUCUCUCAGGCAAAGUAAAAAGCCCCGCCACCCUCAAUCCCACAGAAAAAGUGACAAACCCUGCCCCUCUGCAUCUUCCAGGCAGUGUAACAAGCCACGCCCCUUUCUGUCUCCCAGGCAAAGUAACAAGCCCCGCUUCCUCAGUCCCACAGACCAAGUGACAAGCCCUUCCCCCUCAGUCCCACACUAACAAACCCCGCCCCUCUCCAUCUUCCAGGCAGUGUAAAAAGCCACGCCCCUUUCUGUCUCCCAGGCAAAGUAACAAGCCCCGCUUCCUCAGUCCCACAGACCAAGUGACAAGCCCUUCCCCCUCAGUCCCACACUAACAAACCCCGCCCCUCUCCAUCUUCCAGGCAGUGAAAAAAGCCCUGCCCCUCUCCAUCUCCCAGGCAAAGUAACAAGCCUUUCCCCCCUCAAUCCCACAGUAACAAACUCCGCCCUUCCUCUUGCCACAGACUUUGUCUUCAUCAGUGCAAUAUGAGUAAAUCAUUCCACCUAUUUGUUCUGCUCUCAACAAAAUGUGUGUGUGUGUGUUAUCUGAUAUGAAUUUUAUUUCAGUGUUAGUGGCUGAAGUUAAAGUGAAGGGACUCAUGAGGUUUGUGUCCCUUUUUCCCCAAAUGUCAUCAGCCGUGAUGUGUUCAGGCGUGUUUGGUGUCAGACGUUUGUGUGUAUAGAGAAUAACUAGUAAAACACAGAGGUAAUUCCAGGUUCUGCCACUAGAGGUCAGAUCUGAUUGAAAUAUAUUCCUACACAUGAUAAAUGACUGAAAAGAGGAAAAAAGCUUCUGUCACUUCAUUGAUCAGUGUCCUGACUCUAAGAUACUCAUCAUUUUCCUCAAGAUGGUGAUAUUUAUUUAAUUGGAAAUUUAAGCAGGUGGUUUAGAAUAAAGGUGUAUAUAAUAAGAUAAAGUGAGUGCAGUCGAGUAGAGCUAGAUGAACUUAUUUAUUUGUAGCAUGAGUGUGUUGUUGUUGAUUUUUGUGGAGUGUGUAUUAACAGGAUUGAAGAUAUUUUGUGUUGUUUAAGCUGUAAUCACUCGGGGAAUUGAACUGAUCUACAUCUUAAUGUCAAAAAGAAAUGUGUGGAUUCACCCUCGUCAUCACGGUGGCAUUAAAGGGACAAACUUUAGACUUUAUUUAUUUACAUCAACAUUUUUGCUGUGAAUCUUUUUUUUUUCUUCAUCUCAUUUCAUUAUUAAUGUAAUGUGAGAUAUAAAGGAGGUUUGUAUUAAAGGCAGGUCAGUGAUUGUGGUCAGGAAGGUACAUUUCACCUGAGUGUGGAGUGUGUGUGAUCUGCAGGAAAGAUUGGUGAAUAAAAUAACACUAAAGUCGGGGUUGUGAAUCUUUACAGUGUGAAAUAAAUCUAUAUAAAACACACAAA